AUGUUCCCAUUAUUCAUUCAUUUCACAAAAAUCAAUCGAGAACGAGACAAAGAAUGCUCAAUUUUCCCAAUCACAAAUCAUCUAUAUUACAUCACAAUCAUCUCACAAGUUAUGAUUUUAGUCACAGUAUGCUCAAUGCUAUCAAUGAUUUUGUUUAACCUAUUCACUUCAUCCGUUCCUAAUUAUAUUCCAGUUUUUACAUUUAUCACAGGCUCCCUGGUUUAUGCUUUCAAUCAAAUAGUUGUUCCGAUUCAAAAUUUUCUUAUAUUCCUUUUGGCGUUUCAAAGAUUUAUCAUUUAUUUCUAUCCAAGAUCGGAAAAAUUCAUAAUUCCCGGACCAAAAGCCUUCAAAUGCCUUCUUCUCUGGCUAUACUUGAUAUCAAUUUCGGGAAACUUUAUCUACAUUUGUUUCAUAGCAAAAUGCAUCGAUGAAUUUUUGAAAACCCAUAUUUAUACCUGCCCAAAAAUUUACUCAACAAUAAAUUCGGCGAUUUAUAUAAGUCUAGAUUUCCUAGUAAUAUUUUCAUCAAUUUUUUAUAUUUGUAUAUUUAUAAGUGUUCGAAAAGUUACAAGAAAUUCUUCAAGUCUGAUGAAAACCCGUCUGGAAAAAGCGAUACUUUAUCAGACUUUGACAUUGAUAAUUGUGAAAUUAUUGUGUUUUCCAAUGUUGUAUGUUUCGUUGGCAUUUUUAUAUAUAGUUGAGCUAACUUUGAAUUCAUUGAUGAAUGCGGUAAGUAUACGUGGUUUAAGGAUGCGUGGCGUGUGCGUCGCGGACAGAACAAUUUUAAAAUUAUGUUUUUGAAUCUUUAAAUAAUUCUUAAAAGUAGAGUUCACCUGUCUGAUUAAUGCUUGAUGUAUUGAGUAAACCAAAACACAAACCCCACGCGUUGCGUGUGCGUCGCGGUCAUUCCCAUGUUUUUUUUCAGAUCUACUACCCCCUAUUCUUCAUUGAUGUCUUAACAACCCCCAUCGUAUUCCAAAUCACAUAUCUUUUCUGCAAUAAAACAAAUCUGGAAACCUUGCUGAAAAUGAAUUUCAGAAAAUUGAAAACUUGGAUGACAAUUUGCUGCGGUUCUCCAACAAAUAUCGUGGGCAAUUAUCAUAAUAUGUAUAGCAUGAGCAAUGCUGUAACUUUGAGCUAUUGA